CUGUGCAGAAGGCAGGGUUCAGGAGAACAGGAGAAGAACAUGUCUGGAAGUUGGAGGAGAAGUUUCUGAAAGCACCGGCAGAUCCGACCUCAGAUUCGGGCUUUAUUUAACCGGAUAAAUCGCGUUAUUCUGGGAGAAACCGGCGGCAGGAUGGGUCGGACGUUGCCGCGCUUUUCUGAGAGUGGGUGGUCAGAGGGAGGAGAUGACUGCCAACAAGAACGCCAAGACUGCUCCCAGAUCAGGAGGCACUAAGAGCCCACAGGAGAUCCCCGACAGGUGCCGGUCUGCGUUCCCUCCUGCCCAUCUCUCCUCUGUAAAAGAUCUCCGUCAGUCUCAGCUCAGCGACACCGAGGAGGAGAACGUCUCUCAGCCGGGCCUGAAGCUCCGAUCUCAGAGGAACUGGAGCUAUAAGACUGCGAGUCUGCGGCCCGGAUCCUCGCUGUCCGCGGAGUUCGAACCCCAGAGCCGGCUGACCAAGGCCAAGAGCAUCGGUCACCUCGACAAGAAGCUCAGCAUCUACAGGCCGACUGCUGGAUCUGCUGGGUCUGGAGGAGGAGACCAGGACCAGAAGGAGAACCAGCCACAGGAGGGACCUUCAGCAGGCGAUGGACUGUGUCCUGGACCUCUCAGCUGGAGCACCCUCUCCUUAGCGCCCUCCGCCGUCAACGUCAGCGCCAACCACGGCCACAAACGCACCCUUUCGCUCAGCCUCGCCGGGAGCGGUGCCUCGGCCGCCACUAUCCGCAAGAAGAUCUCGGAAUGGGAAUGUCGUAAAGAGGCUCGGUCCAGGAUGAGUCUCUGCCUGGAGAAGAGGCCUGGCGGUGGAAGCGAGGGCUGCCCCAGCCUCUUGUCGUCUCCUUGCAGCGACAAGACCUUCGAUUUUAAAAGCGUUCGGAGGAUGAGCACGGCGCUUUCCGAAUGUUCCUACCCGGAGACCGAGGAAGAGGACGGGACCUCGGAUCGGGAGUGCCUCAGGCAGUUCCAGAAGCGAGAACGAGAGAAGAGGACGAUAAAAACCGAAUCCGGCAUCUUUCUCCGGAAUCCUUCCGCUCGCAAGGAGACCUCCGCCGUCCUCAACCGCAUACAGAAGAUCGAGCAAGCCCUGAAGGACAGUCCGUCCCCGUCUCCACCGCAGUACCUCAACAACUGCUACGGCCUGGACAAGCCCCGCCACAAGCCCUUCACCAUCGGCGGGAUGGACGACCUGGACAGCACAUGUGGAAGCAAGCGGAGCAGCAUCUGCUCCGUCUCCACCGAGCCGGACUCUUGCCUCGCCUCGGAAAAACUCAUGAAGUUCAGGCAGAGGUUCAGCGUGAGCUCCAUCAGGUCUGAGAACCUGGAGCUUCCUCCGGUUUCCGCACCGGGAACGCCGGGUACCCCCGUCAACCCCCUGCCUAAACCAAAGCGCACCUUUGAGUACGACGCCAAUCGCAACCACAGGGACUCUUCACCCAGCAAUGGAUUACCUCUCAGCUCCGGAUCCAACACCCCGACACUGCCGCGCCACCUGAAGACCAAUGAAGGCUCCCGAAGAUCUCAGGACAGAGAAUCAUGUGAAUCUGAAGACGCCACCAGCCUGCCCUCCUCUUACCCCUCCUCGCCCACGGAAAACGGCACGGCGUCCACAGAGAACCGCAGCCGACCCGGAUCUAAAAGCAUGCCAGAGGAGAACGCCUACGAGGACAUCAUAGAGUCUAUGAAGGAGAAUCCGUACGAGGACGUGGAUCUGAAGGGGAGGGGCGCUGGCCGUAAGUCCCGGCUGUUACCUGAUAGGUCCAACGACUCCCUCAACAGGAUGUGGACCUCCCAAGACAGCAAGUGCACUUCACCUCCCCAGCUCCCGUCUAAACCCAGCAGCCAAUCACUGCGUCUCUCCGGCCCGGCCGACAGGAAGAGCCACCGCUUGUCCCGCCUCUCUAAGAGGCACAGUCACGACGACAUGCUGCUGAUGCCCCAGCUGGGCGUGCUGGACCACAGCCUGAGCACCGCCAGCGAUACCCUGGCCUCCCGCAGACACAGGCGGGUACCCAAGGUGGUGCAAAGAAUAAACUCUAUCUACUGUACGAAACGAGGCAAGAAGAGGCUAAAGAAACUUUCACUGACCAACAUAGAGACUGCUUCUCUCAGAGACGACAACAGCGAGAGCGAGAGCGACUCUGAUGAUCGGUUUAAAGCUCACACCCAGAGGCUGCUGAAGCUACAGUCCAUCCUACGGCGAGCGCCGAGCUACCGGACGCUGGAGCUACAGCUCCUCGAGUGGCAGGAGCGGGAACUGUUCGAGUAUUUCGUGGUGGUGUCGCUGAAGAAGAAACCCACCAAGAACUCGUACGCCCCCGAGGUCACCUACCAGUUCCCCAAGCUCGAGAGACCGACUAAGCAGAUGAGGGAGGCGGAGCAGCGUCUCAAAGCCAUCCCACAGUUCUGCUUCCCAGACGCCAAAGACUGGAGCCCUGUGUCUGAUUACAGCAGUGAAACUUUCUCCUUCAUGCUGACCGGAGAAGACGGGAGCCGGAGGUUCGGCUACUGCAGACGACUACUACCGAGCGGGAAAGGGCCACGCCUCCCGGAGGUGUAUUGUGUCAUCAGCAGACUGGGGUGUUUCGACCUGUUCUCCAAGAUUCUGGAUGAGGUGGAGAGGAGGAGAGGGAUCUCGGCGGCGCUGGUUUACCCGUUCAUGAGAAGCCUGAUGGAGUCUCCGUUCCCGGCUCCCGGCAAAACCAUCAGAGUUAAAACCUUCCUGCCUGGAGCAGGAAAUGAGGUGAUUGAGCUGAGGAGGCCGAUGGACUCCAGGCUGGAACACGUGGAUUUUGGAAGCCUGUUCAGGUGUUUGAGUGUGAGGCAGGUGGUGCGGGUCUUCGCCUCGCUGCUGCUGGAGCGCAGGGUCAUCUUCGUAGCCGAUAAGCUCAGCACCCUCUCCAGCUGUGUUCACGCGGUGGUGGCACUGCUGUACCCGUUCUCCUGGCAGCACACCUUCAUCCCAGUGUUGCCCACGUCCAUGGUGGACAUCGUCUGCUGCCCCACGCCCUUCCUGGUGGGCAUCCUGUCCAGCUCACUGCCCAAACUCAAGGAACUGCCAGUGGAGGAGGCCCUGAUGGUGGAUCUGGGAACAGACAAGUUCAUCAGGCAGCUGGACGAUGAGGCUUCCCUCCUACCGCGCAAACUGCAGUCUGCUCUGGAGCUGGCCCUCGAGCAGAGGAACGACAUCAUCAAUCAGGACUCCGACAGCGAAUCAGACGACGAGUGUAACUCCUUGAACAGUGUCGUAUCCGAGGCCUUCAUCCGGUUCUUCCUGGAGACCAUCGGGCACUACUCCCUGUUCCUGACACAGGGUGAACGAGGGGAACGCAUCUUCCAGCGAGAAGCUUUCCGCAAAUCUGUGGCCUCUAAGAGCAUCCGGCGCUUCCUGGGGGUCUUCAUGGAGUCGCAGAUGUUCGCUGGGUUCAUUCAGGACCGAGAGAUGAGGAAGUGCAGGGCUAAAGGUCUGUUUGAGCAGAGAGUGGAGCAGUACCUGGAGGAGUUACCAGAUACAGAGCAGAGUGGAGUCAACAAGUUUCUGAAAGGAUUAGGGAGGUUUCUCCAUAAAAAGAACUGAUGGAACUUGUGAAACAUGUGGAACAUUGUGGAAUAUGGAACCAAAAAAAAAAAACCCAAAACUAAGGACAUUUGUACAUCACUCUUGGCAAAUCACUGAGUUUGAAGAUUUAACACAGUUUAUAUAUCAGUAGAUAUAUGGCUGAACUGACUCGAGCAGUUAAUCUAGUGUAUAUAUUUAUAAAAUCGUCUGUGAUCCUGGUAUGUAGCGACGUCGUUAGGUUUCCUGGUACCGUGUACGAGUGUAUGAGAGUAUGAGAGAGGUGAUGAUGAUGAUGAUGAUGAAGAUGAUAGACUGGUACUGUGUGAAUGAAUGGCUGGUUAUACUGGUACAGUGCAGCAGUACAGCGGUGGGUGAGGAGGAGUGUAUAAUGUACUGACUGUAGUCGGAUGAAUAAAUGGAAACUAAUGUGAGGCGGGUGUAAAGUUAUCUGUAGUAUUUAACGCUAGGUUUUGCUCAGUGUGUUGCAUUUUGUACAUCUAUUAACACUUGAAUAUAAUUGCCAUACUUGCAAUGCUUUGUACAAAAAAAUAAAUAAAUCAAUAAAGCUUUUCAGAGUAUUCUUUA